AUGGGAGCUGUGUACAGAUACAAAACAACACCAAAAGACGAUGUGUCUAUAUCUACAGCUACCAAGUACGUGUCGAAGGGAUCGACGGCGUGUAUCUUUCUGAUCGAAGAGAAGUGCGCGGAACACACAGGAUGUGGGAGCCUGUCUGGCAAUUCACUUUCUUUCUUCCCUGCCGACAUUCUUUCGUUUCUUUCCCAUCUCCAAAGUGAACGCCAUCUUUUUCUCCGCCAUCAACAGCUUCCCAGUGUGUCGUUCCAAUCCCAGCAUUCUAAUUUCCUCGUCUUUUCUCCACAACACAAACGGGCUUUGUCACUGAUUCCCAGCAACUACCGAGGCAUUUUCAUAUAUUGCAUACAACCAUUUGCCCGUGUCAUGGCAGCCGAACAAAGCUCUCUGUCUGUUUCUCUCUCUUUCUUUCUCUCUCUCUCUCUCCAUCUAUCUAUCUAUCUAUCUAUCUCUAUUUCUCUCUCUCUCUAUCUAUCUAUCUAUCUAUCUAUCUAUCUAUCUAUAUAUAUAUAUAUAUAUAUAUAUAUAUAUAUAUAUCACUAA